AGCUGUCUGAAGGCGCUAGCUCGCUGGAGCCAGUUAUGGAGGGCGUCUUGCAUUCCGACUCGCGGGGUUGCCUGCUACACCUAUGGGAAACUGUGGCAAGAGGCCCGGGUGGCCCUGAAGGAGCUUCUGGGCCAGGAGCUGCCCGCCCAGCCGGCGAAGCCGGAGCGCAGCCGGACGCUCUUCUUCCACACGGUGGCCACCCUCUACCUGCGCUACGUGCAGACGGCGCGGCGCCUGGAGGCCUGCUACGACCAGGUGGUGCACCCCCAGAAGCGCCUGGUGCUCCGGCAGCUGCUGGACGGCGUGCUGGGCCGCAUCCUGGAGCUGAAGCAGGAGCUGGUGGAGCUGGACCUCUCCGAGUACCACUUCAUGGACCACGUGCUGGAGGAGCUCAAGCUCACGCCGAGAAUGAAGAAGAAACCAGAAGUUGUGGUCACAAUCAAGAAUGUCAGUCUACACAGGAAGGAAGAGUUAUCAGGAAAUCAAACGAUAGGUGCAGUUGAGGAACCAGGAGCUCUCCUCUAUCUAUCCUUUUUAACCCAUGCACACCUAACCCACCAGUUCAAGCUGAACCACAUAUUUCCAACAACAUUUGUAUUAAAUACAAGAAGCCUUCUGUCAGUGUUAGUGGUUGACAACUUUUGCCACAAACGGCCUCUGUGGAUGAAAUCAAAGGCAGAAGACUACUCAGGUGGCAUUUAUGCCUUCAUCUUUGCUGGUAAUGACUUUGGGCCCAUCCAGAAGACAACAGAGGAGACCUAUGACUUCUGA